UACCAGAUCCUAAAAAAAUUGAAAGGUUGUGCAAUCCUAAACGUGUGUUUUCAGUUUAUUGUUUACUGAAUUAAAACAGUAAAACACAGCAAGGGAGAAGAUUAAGAAUAUAACGUUCCAAGUCCGAAUUUUUUUUCCGCUAACAUAAUGGAAAAUACCUUUUCCGCAGUGAAAUUAGCUUGUUCCAGUUCGCCAACAAGCUUAUCAGAAUGGCAACAUCUAAAUGAAUUGUCAGUUCAACUAAAGAAUUGUAUGCUUGUGGAAUCUGAAAGAACUAAACUUACUGCUGAGAACCUCUCAACACUGGUGGAUUUGAUACAUCUAUGUAAUCAUGGUAUAGAAAAUCAAACAGAAGUCUAUUCCACUAAUAACUGUUUAACAGAAGUUUACAGGACACUAAGAAAUAUGUGUGUAGAGAGUGAACAGAACCAAGAUUUACUUAGCGACCAUGAACAUUUACUUACAAUUUCAAAAGAUUCUAUACAGGCCUUGGUAAAUCAGAUCAAAUGCAGUAAGGAUUCAGACAUUUUUGUGACAUUGAGAUGCAUUGUGCAAUUUUUAGGGAACUGUAGUGUUGGACAUAAAAAGAAUCAAUGUUUAAUUUGGAAAAUGUUUGUGGAAGAACUCAAUAAGCUGUUUGAUUUAUCAGACGAAAAGCUCAGCAUAUAUACCUGCAUGGUUGCACAUACUUGUUUAUCUGGUAACCUGGACAACCAAGAUGUUUGGAUUAGUCCAGAUACAAUACAGAUGUUAACAAAUGUGAUCUGCUACACAACAGAGUGCGAUUGUGAGUGGGGGAUAUUUCUCAUAGAGAGUAUGUGCAAAGUUGACAGCAGUUUUUCCAAAGUAUUUCCUUUAUUAAAAGACACAGAAAAGUUGUUGGUGUAUGAAGUUAUGUUGGACCAUCUAGAUAAAAGUGAAAAUGAUCAACAGACCUCAAAAAGCAAUCUACAGUAUAUUGCUGGAGAUGUGAAAUCUCAAUCAUAUACAAUCCUGUCUCUGUUAGAGAAACAUCAAAAUCAGAAUCCUGUUGUCAUGGUGAAAGAAAUAGAAAUUCUUGGUAUUGCAACAUCAUUUCACAAUUUAUAUCCAGAUAUAAAUACAGACAAAGACUUGCUUUCCUGUGUUAUUUAUUUGCUUGAAGGUAUCCAUAAGAUAGGGCUACAAGGAGAUAAUUUAUUCACCAGAGUGGAUAAAAUAAUUAAAAUGGGUAAUAUUGAUCAAGAUCAUGCAGGAUACUGUUUAAAGAGAGAUUUGGUCAAGCUGAUAGGGAACAUGGCUUACGAGUGUAAACCUAACCAAGAUCUUAUUCGUGAAAUGAAUGGUAUACCAUUAGUUUUAGACCAAACAAGCAUUGAUGGGAGAAAUCCAUAUAUCCAGCAGUGGUCAGUGCUAGCAAUUCAUAACAUUUGCAAAGACAACAAUGAAAAUAAAGGAAUUUUAGCUAGUCUAAAGUUUGAGGGUUUAGCAGAAGAAGCAGAUAUGUUAAAGAAAUAUGGAAUAAAAGCGGAAGUGAAAGAUAAUAAGAUAAUUGUCAAACCACCACCUGAAAAUGAGUAACGAAAGAUGCAACUGCCACUGAAAAAAACUGCUUCUGCCAAAAUGGGAAAAUAUAAUAUGAUGUAAAAUGUAAUGUUGUUCUUGCACACUUAUGAUUUAAUAGUUGUGUUUAAAGAAAAAAGUGGACAAACUUCAUUUCUUUCAAUAGCAAACAAAUGAUCAAUCCAAAAGUGCACCUUCAGUCAUUGUAAAUUGCGCAUUCCAUUCAUACUCUUGCAUUACUCUAGGCUAAACCGUGACAAACCUUUUAAAAACGAUGAACGUCUCACCUCUUUUCAAUCUUUGUAUGGUCCAGUCAAAGAUGUCCAGAACUAAAGCAUUCCCAUAUCGCAGCAACAAUCACAAAUCGUACCAAUUGUUUACCAUCUUUUCAAGUUUUUUUGAAAUAUGAACUCUAUUUAGAGUAUUCAUAUAUGGUAGAGCAUUUUCAACUAACCUGUGCAUCAUUCGAAAGAAAAUUUUAAAAAAUGCGGCUUUUUACGUCCACCAUUCUGAAACUAAAAAAACUCAUGAGGUUUGCCAUUUAUUUGUCGUGUUGCUCAUGUGAAAUAAAAAUCUAGUGACUUUCGCAUGCAAUUAUAUUUGUUGACAAGGAAAGGAGUUUGGGAUCGCAACUGCGACAAAUGAAACAUAUACGUGAAUUCUAUGAAAGUUUUCAUCAUGAAUUGCAAAAAUAAAAGAAAAAGCCACAGUCAUCAAAGCAAUAUUUACAAAUAUACAGAUUGAGUAACACGAACCCAUCCAAAAACUGGGGUUGAACUCAGGUACUCUGGUAGGGUAAGUAGUUUCUUCUAGCGGCAUCCGGCGUAAUUCUCGUAGCAAAGUAUUCUGCAUCCAUAAGACAUUCGAAAACGAUUAGAUGGGAACAAAACCCACGUUUUUGACAAAUGACAUUUGUUUAGAAUGUUGAUGUAACAUUCCAAAUCUUCACUGUUGAGUUAAUUCAUCAGUAACAGCAUACCAUCACGGAGAUUGUUUAUCUCUUUAAAGUAGUAUCCUCUUUAUUUAUAAAUGGGUAGAAGUAUAUUAAUUGACAUUUAGCCAAUACUAUUAUACAGUUUAAUUUGUU